AUGGACCGAGAGGGAUGGUUCUCGGUCACACCGGAACGGAUAGCGGAACACAUUGCUGAUCGGAUGGUUCGGCGACCGAAUGUGUUGAUUGUUGACGCUUUCGCCGGUGUAGGUGGAAACAGUAUCCAGUUGGCGAUGAAGGGAGCGUUAGUAAUAGCAAUUGACCUGGAUCCGGUUCGGCUGAAGUGCGCUCGCGAGAAUGCAAAGGUUUAUGGAGUUGAGGACCGUAUUGAGUUCAUCUGUGGUGAUUUCUUUCAUUUUGCGGCAAAAUGGACGAGUGGCGUUGGAAAGUCAGCAGAGGUUGACGCAGUAUUCCUCAGUCCUCCAUGGGGUGGACCAAGCUACCUGAAGUCGAAGGAUUUUGACCUUGACGAUCUCACGCCUAACGGUUUCGACAUCUAUACUGCGGCACGAAAGAUGUCGCCGAACAUAGCUUAUUUUCUACCGAGGAACACGAAAGUGAAACAAUUGAUUUCGCUGAGUGGACCAGGUGGAAGAUGCGAGAUAGAGCAAAGUUGCCUGAAUAAGAAGAUCAAGACGCUGACGGCGUAUUAUGGGAACUUGGCCGUCCAAAGGGAGGAAUGA